GGUACGGGCUGGACCUGUUCUCCGCCGACCUGCACGCGCCGACAGAGGACCCGAUCGCCCUGGUCCGCAGCCACGUGAGGGGCUGCCAGGAGGUGUUGCUGGUCCUCGACGGAGAGGGUCUCGCCCUGCAGAGGGCCUGGGUGCUUUUCGAGGCGCUGGUCGCUUUCGAGCUGGGGAAGAAGCUGGUGGUGCGAUGUUGCUCCCCGGGCGGCUUCGGCACAACCGAGGGCGACGUGGUGGCCUGGGAACGGCGCGUUGACGCCGCCGAUUGGGACCAGGCCGAGACGACGCGGCAGUCGGACAGGAAGCGGCUCCAGGCCUACGCCCAGCGGGCACUUGACGUGCAUGGCAGAGGGGUGGAGCGCCUGAUGGCCCAGCUGAAGCUGCAGCUGCGGAGGGACAUCUACGGCCAGAUACUCAUAGGGGCAGUCGAGCGUGGUGACCGGCGCGCCGUGGAGGCCGCGCUGGACCGGGGCGCGAACCCGGAGCAGCAGGACGCGCUGGGCAACCUCGCGGAGGAGCUGGCCGCCUUCGCCGGGCACACGGAGCUGGAGGAGCUUCUCUUCGAGAGGCGUGUGGGAGGCCGACAACACGCCCGCCUUUCCGCUUUUUUCAUCCACGGGCCACGACCGUCCCCGCCGACCUGGCCGCGGUGGCGGCGCGGAUGUCGCCGGAGCUGGCCGAGGCCGUGGAGCGUGCGGCGCCGCGGCCAGCCGAGCCCGCCGAGGCCGAGGCGGCGGCGGCGGAGGUUGCUGGCGCCGGGCAGGCGCCUCCCAGCGGCGGCGGCGGCGGCCUGCUGCCCUUCCUGACGGAGCCGCAGGGCCUGGCCGCAGAGGCGGCCGUGGCCGUGCGGUAGCCCCGGGCGGCCCCGUGGGCCUCGGAGGCGGCGCCGUCGCGGGCUGCCGCCCGCCAAGGCGCCCUUUGUCCUGGCGCCCUCCCGCCCUCGGCGACAAGAGCGGGCGUGGUUGCUCGUUGAGCCCCUGGCGACCAUGCGGCGUCGUUGCGGGCUCCCGUCCUCCUGCCUUGUUGUAGAGGGCUCUGCUCUACCUCGACCCUGAGGCCCUCACGCUGGGAUUGAAACAUCGUGUCGUCGGAGCUCAGGGCUCCUCGAUCCUCCGCCAGCGCCCCGCUGCGAAUUCGCCGCCGCCGCGCUGAGGCGGCGCGCCACGCGCA